AUGACCUUCGAGGAUAAAUCCUUAGAUAUUUACUUGAAUGAAUUUGCUUAUACGCCUGAAGAGUCCCUUGUUGAGGUUGCAGACAACCUAAGUCUUGCAAAGGAAGACGCGCUCUUAAGAAUUGAUAACGAAUUUUUGAUUGACUGUUCAUCUUCAGUGCUUGGUUCUUCAAGCCCAAGCUCUAAAAGGACAUCAACGGAACUAAGUGAUUGUGAAAGUUCGAAGGUUCGCGAUUAUACCAAGACUGAAAUAGACGUAGAGGAAUGCAAUUGGGAUUACGCGCUGAAAGUUGACAGUCACAGUCCUUUAUUUUCCGACGGGAUUUCUCCAAAGGAUUUACUUAUAAAGGAGGAAAACGAAGGGAUUUUGCCUCUUAGUGAGUUUAAUUUCAUGAUUACACAAAAUUCUCCUUCUCUAAAUUCUGUCAUUGAACCAGUCACAAAUGCAGAUUCUCUAUUCACUAUUUCUGGUCCUCAACCUCUGCCUCAAUCGCACAGGCAUUCUAGUUCGCACUCCUACUCACAUUCUGAAACAUAUUCGAAAAAAGCUAUAAUUGUGGGAGAUUAUGUCACUAAGAAUGUACCCGGUGACGGUAAGUUUGAGAAAUUAAUAGAGGAUUAUCUUCUUCCCCAUUGCUCAUUCAAUUACCUCAGUAACAAGUAUUUCCAAAAUAGGAAAAAAGAGGGAGCCUUUGGUAGCAAUAUCAUUUUUGAUAUCAAUUCCAAAAGUCGGAUUCCCAGGACUAAAGAAGAAGAUCCGGGAAGAUUUUCUGUUACCAGUGGUACAGAUAUCAAUUUCUAUGAACCAUCGAUAUUUAGGUGCCAUUUAAUUGAAGAAUUCAAAAGACAAGGCCGAGAAGGAUUAUGUCCAUAUUGUAAGUUAAGCGAACGAACCGGAGACAAUGUGGAUGGACUCUUUUUCAAUAUGAAUUCUUCUGCAUAUCUACACCAUGUAACAAAACAGCAUGGUGUUUUUAGUAAUGGUACUGAGAUGCCAUUACCUGUUGCUAUUGGUAGUAUUAAGGAAACCAAGCAGAUGAAGAAAGGAGUUAGAACUAACAUAGUGGAUGCAGCUACCUGUCCCUUCUGUCAAAAGAAGGUCAAAAUUCAAAAGCUUGACGACCAUAAUUUAGACGGCCAUAACCGGUUUCUCGGUUACUUCAGGCAUCUGUUAGUACAUAACAUGAGAAAGAAAAAUAAAGCCCAAUGA